UUCGAAUUGUGUCAUUUUCUUUUGCCGUAAAUGCAAGCGAAUGGGUUGUUGAUAUUGUGAAAAUAUAAAACUUAGUUAUGGAUUUUCUCCUGAAUAAUGGAAGCCAAGGUUCAAAAACAAUUAAUUGACUACUUUUCUUACUUUGACGAAUUCCAUUCGACUGUAAAAACAAGUUUGAAAGAUUGCCAAAAUUGCGCUGCAUCUAUAAAUAAACUGAUAAAGCGUUGUAGGAACAUAAAGGAGGCCGUGUUGACGGGCACGCCUUUGGAGCAGUUUGAAGGAUUGCAAAGCAAGUUGACUGCUUCGAUACAUAACCUCAUUUCGGAAGACGUACAAGAAAUACGAAGCAAAUUGUGCACUCUAGAGGAUUUAUUUGAAAAACUCUGUAACAAGAACACAACACUCAGAGAAAGCUGUAGAGAAAUUAAUUUUGAAGAGAAUUCAGCACUUGUGAGGGGAACUCCUCUUCAGCCUUCACUUAAGCAGCUUCUAGAGUUUGCAGCAGACACAGCAACCUUUGGAAGCCAAGUUUGUGCCCAAAUCAACACCUCCCUAGCCAUAUUAUCUUUUAAAGAAUUAAAUACAGAACCACUUGGGGAUAACUUUAGGUUCCCCGCCAACUGGCAGCGACGCAUCACCGAAAUAAUCUCAUACACUUCAUUCUUGUCAGAAAACCAAAUUUAAAAAUGGAUCUACUUGACUCCAUCCUUAAUUCCAUGCAAAAACCACCAUCAGCUAGUGAAGCCCAGAAAAAUGCUAUGCGUAAACAAAAAGAGGCUGUGGAAAACAGACAAAAAGAAGAACGGAACAUGAUAAACAGAUUUAGGAAACGAGUUGAAGAGAAAAUUAGUAACUUCAUUAAGGAUGGUACAAAACCACACCUGCAGUUUGAACCUAUGGAACAAAUGUACAGGUCUAUUAUUCGGGAUGUAUCUGAAAUAGCUGGUUUACAAGUGUUCUCUUUUGGGCAAGAAGGUGUUGACCGAUACUCGGUUGUGUACCUCAAAGACAACGGCCCUUCUGAGGAUGAACUGACAGUACGUAGGGCCGGCGGAGUCUGGGAUGAAGACAAAGCUGCCGAGAUGGCUCUAGCACACAUUGAAAAGAAGAAGCAAGCAGCUCUAGAUUACGAAGAAGAAAAGAAUAGAAAACGUAAGCGUGGUAAAGAGGAGUUAAGCGGUACUUUCUAUAAGCAAAAAUAUGCUCAUUUGAUAGGUCAAGAGGCUGCUAUUGAUGCAGCUCAGAAAACUAAUGUUAACAAGAGUUAUGGAGAAGUUCCUAGUGAGAAUAAGAAGGACCAGAGGUCCAUUGAACAGACAAUGGCUGAUAUAAGAGCAAAGAAAUUGAAAAAAGCUGAGACUGAAAAACGGGAUGCAGACAGUAGUGAACAAAUUUAGUAUUUGCUUCAACGCAAAUACAUAGUUAGUCUUUUGCCCUUCUGCCAUGAAGGGUUAUGUUUUUAGUCUGAUUCUAAACUUGUGUUUAUCUGUGACCAGGUAAGUUAACCUAUGCUAAUUUUCACUGAAGUGGUUUUUGUUUUUCAGGUAGCUACACUGUUUAAAAUAAUGUUAAGUAAUGCAUACAGUUGUAUGGAUUUAAACAUGUUUAACAUUUAAUUUGUCUUAUAAACAAAGAUGUUGCAGAAUGUGUGUAGCUUUAGUGCAUAUCAAGCUACAAAUCAUAUCUAUAAUUAUGUAUGGCUCAAUUUUGUUUAUGAUAAUUUUGGCCACAACCAAAAAAGCUGUUCAAAAUUAUGUAUAAUCUUUAAAAAAUCCAUAAUUAAGAAUAAUAAUUAUGGAUUAUAUCUUCACCAAAUAAUUAUAUGAAUAUUGAAUACAGAAGCACCUAAUUAUUUUUCGCAAAAACCUACAAAUGUUUGAGUAAUGACGAGCAGAUCCCACCUUGAAUUAUUUUAAGUCUAUAUUAUGCCAAAUUUGACAGCGGUUCGGAACGUCGAAAUGGCUAUGAGAAAAUGGGAAAUUAGCUGUGAACCGCCAUAAAUUUUGGUUAGAAUUUGUCUUUGAUUAAGAUCUUAGUACUUGUAUGCGGUGAUUUGGUCUGUAUCACAUAAGGGUUGUCUUGCUAGCAAUAAUAUUGUAACUUGCCUGUAAUAAUCACAUAUUCUGUUAUUUUAAUUCAAAUGAUGAUUCAUCAUCCUCAUCCGAGCCUUUUCCCCAAUUAUGUUUGGGUCUGCUUCCAGUCUAACCGAGUGUAGCUGAGUACUAGUGCUUUUACAAGGAGCGACUGCCCUAUCUGAUACAAAUGGUGAUUGAUAAAUAUAAUUAAUAACUAAAUCCACAAAAAAAGUAAUUUAGAAUUUAUGGAAAUAAAUAAGCUAUCUAUACAAUAAUACUCUUUAACGUAAACCAAAUGUUAUCAAAAACUUCCCAUAAAUUAUGACUAUUUAUUUUGAAAAUAUUUAAGUUUAUGUUAAGGACCUUAAGAAUAUUUAUACUCUGUGUAUGACAUACAUAAUUCUUCCACUAUCCACUAUGUACUUAGAUUUCAAAAUUAACUAUUUGUCGCAAAGCUGUGUAGUUAAAAAGAAAAAUAAUCCAAAUAAAUUACCUCAUGUAUAAUGUACCUAAGUAUCCAAAGUAGAUAGGUACAAGUAAAAAAUAUUUUUCUACCCACAUUAACAAAUAAAGACUGGGUUGAUUUCGAUUAGAUAGCAAUAAAUAGUUCAUAAUGUUAAUCAAUUUAAUUUAACUGUAUCUUUUGAAAUUGAAAUAAAGUUUAUUAAGUGA